GACGUCAUGAGGGGGUGGGGCUCAAAGUCCUCCAGACAAACUGUCUAGACACCAGCAGGUAGAUCAACACUGCACCAAACAAGCAAGCUAGGCAAGCAGUAAACACCUGCAGAGCACCCACUCCGCAGCAAUGAUGGGGCAGACUAAAGAGCGCAAGUGGGGCUCCAGUGGUUCCCAGCCUCGUGAUCGUCUGCCCUCGGCUCUCAAGAGACCAGUAGUGGAGACUAGUGAUGUAGUUCGAUGGGCCAGACCACCCUCUGCCAUGAGACCACCCUCUGCCAGACCCGAUUCCAGAAUCUCCAGACCAGGAUCAAGAAUGGAAUCAAGACCAGACUCUCGUCUUCAUUCUAAACCUCAGGAACUUAUUAGACCCAAAUCUGGAGUGCGCCCAUUAUCUGGAAAGGUGUUCAUGCGUCGGACUAACGACCAUGGCUGGGUUGCCAAGGCCUACAAUGUCAGCGAGCCAAUGGGAGUGCAGAGUCAGCCUGAGCUGAGCCUGUUUGAUGAUGCCUCAGAUGUUGAUUCACUUGACUCUUUCUUUGAUGAUGACUUCGAUGUCCAAACAUCAGAUGAGAAAUUGGGUAAUCUACUCUCUUGCAAUACUCUGGGAGUGGAAGCAAAGGGCAACCGACCUGACUGGGUGGCUGGGAAGCUGAGUAUACCAGAGUUCCAUUGUCCACGUUGCCGUGAUCAUUGGUACGGGAUAACAGACGUGCCAUGCGAUGAAGAGCUGGCCAGACUGAUACGUGAAGGGCUGUGGCACACUGGCAGGGAGGAGGUCAAAGGUAACAGUGGACAUCAAAGGAGGAGAGCGCAUGGGAAGACGGACAGAGAUAGAAACUAUAAAAGCCAUUCAAGUGUUUCUCUAUCAUCCAAAUCCUCCAGUAUUGAACUGCAUAGAAAUGCCCAAAGUAAAGAUGUCAAAGGUCUAAGAGAAUCUAAUCUAGCGAGUGAAGAAAAAGAUUCGAAAAAGCCCAAGAAACGCAUUACAUUCAAACUGGACAGUGAUUUUGAGAGUGGUGGUUCCAACAGUGGCAGUGGGACUCAACUGGAUGGCUAUGGUAGGUACAAGAAGGCCCAAGGAACUAAGAGCUUUGGAGAUGGUCUCCCCUCGGGCGAUAGCAGACAAUUAGAGAGCUCUGAUGUAUCGGGCCAACAAGCCAGUGGUGUGAACAGUGUGGGAGGUGGUGUUGGUGAUGCUCGUGAUACUCGUGAUGGUGGUGGAGGGGGCGUGGCUGGCAAUCACAGGAAAGAAACUCUGAAUAACUCUAACAACCAACAAAUUAAAUCCUCCGGCAAUUCUGGCUUAUUGGAUAGAAGAAAGAAGAGAACGAACCAGGACUCUGUUGAUGGAUUGAUACAGUCUAGCUCUGAUGGGCAAGAAUCCAGUGGUGUGAGGCAUGGCUCAUUGGAGACUGCUGCUGCUGCUGCUGGUGUCACUAUCAACAGUGGUGGUGGUUGUGACAAGAAAAGUGCCUUCAGUGAGCAAUCAGACUCCACUCUUAAAACAACUGGUGACUCAAACACAAGCAAUGGAACUGGACAAGAUGCCGGCAACACUCAUGCCACAACUACAAGCGUUAUCGGUAAUGGAAGAAGGAACAGUGAAACAAGAGGAAGUGACUCAUCAUCCCUGAUUUCCUCUUCUCAAGUACGCCACACUGGGGGGAGCAGACGAGGUUCCCUCUCAACAGAGGACCACGGGAGGAAUGUCCGUAAGGCAGGGGGAUACAUGAGAGCUGUGAGUCCCAGUGCUUCAGACUGGGGGGACCCUACACACGCUAGACCUUUCAUCUCCAGCACUGCUACGUCACGUACUGUGUCACGUGUUGGCUCAGCUGUCAACCUGCUCAGUAAUAGUGAUGACAAGGAUAACAAACAUUUGUCAUUGCCACCCAUUGUACCAGCGAUCAAUAACAAGAAACCUCUACUCGAUCUUUCUGACCUCAAGGGAGGCUUACAGUUCACAAGAGCAUGGGCAUUUUCAUACCACAAGUAGAGAACAGAAUUUUGUAUUUUUGACUUUUUGUAUUUUUUACCGCACACCCAAUGUUCCCAGUAAACGGUUGCUUGGCAACUUCAUAUCACUUUCUGUAUUAAUUUUUGUUAAAGCAAAUUUUAAUAAUAAAUUUUCAAUGAGUUUU